AUGGUCUACUACUUCACCUCCAACGUCGUUGACCCUCCUGCCUUCGUCUACGUCGGCAAGGACAAGUUUGAGAAUGAGGAUUUGAUCAAGUUCGGUUGGGAGGAAGAUAUCUGGUUCCACGUGGAUAAACUGUCCAGCGCGCAUAUCUAUCUCCGGAUGAGGGAUGGCCAAGAAUGGGACUCGCUGCCUGAAGAACUCGUCAUGGACCUUGCCCAGCUGACAAAGGCCAACUCCAUCGAGGGCAACAAGAAGGACAACAUUACGGUCAUUUACACCCCUUGGUCUAACCUAAAGAAGGAUGGCAGCAUGGAGGUCGGCCAAGUUAGCUUCAAGGACCAUCGCAAGGUCAAGAGGGUACUUGUCGCUCAGCGCGAGAACCCAAUCGUCAACCGCCUCAACAAGACCAAGGUGGAGCAGAAGCCCGACUUCAAGCAGGAGAAGGACGACCGGCUUAAGGAGCUCCGCAAGAAGGAGCAGGCAGCUACCCAGCAACGACGGAAGGAUGAGGCCAAGCAAGCUCAGGAGUGGAAGGAGAAAAAGUGGCAGAAGGACCACGCAUAUGAUGAUCUGUUCACGGAGGAAAACAUGGCGGCCACGAGCAACCAGGACCGCGACGAGAAUUGGGAAGAUGAUUUCAUGUAG